AUGGCGGCAAAGAAGAAACGAGACCUGGACCGGCUUUCUACAAUGGAAUUUUACAAACACUGCCUCGGCUUGGCACCAAGGACAAAGAAGCUCCUGGAAAAAGCGGAACUAGUUACUGAGAUCAGGUCUGCUUCGGACUGGUCGUACACAGCAUCCACUUAUCACUUACCCACAGCUCGCAUAUGCGGAGAUGCUGGCUGUUUCAUAGAUCCUUUAUUCUCCUCAGGUGUCCAUCUAGCAAUAACUGGCGGUCUAUCCGCAGCGGCUACAAUUGCUGCCUCGAUUAGGGGCGACUGCAGCGAAGAGACUGCAGGCUCUUGGCACUCCAAGAAGACCGUCGAGACUUAUACUCGAUUCUUCUUGGCUGUUAGUAGUGCUACGAAGCAGAUCAGGAACCAGCACGAGCCUAUUAUACAAGACAUGGACGAGGCUGGUUUCCACCGGGCUUUUGACCUAUUCCGACCCAUCAUCCAAGAGAAGAAGGACGCCCUAUUCGAGAAACUCAAACAGCUGGAUGUCGAAUCCAUGGGUGACUCCACGACACCAACCACGUUGGAAGAUGUACAAAUACACUUGACCGCCGAUGUGAAGCAGAUCCUUGAGAUCCUUGGAAGCAGGCGUAUGAUUUGCAAAGACCCAUUGGAGAUAGAUAGCUUUGCGUUGGAUACUAUUGAUGGACUGGCGCCAAGACUUGAACAUGGGAGCCUUGGCCUUCGAAAGGCAGAACAGUCCAAGAUCGACAAGCGACAUUUUCUGUCGCCUUCUUUCCUAGACGGCAAGUACCUCGGGAUUAGGGAUGGAAGUGUUCAUAUUGACCAGACCAAGGUCAUCUCCUAG